AUGGCCUCCGUCGAGGCCAGGCGCCCUUCCCUGACCACCAGCACCAUCCCCACCACCGCCAGCUUUCCCCUGGCAGAUCCCAGACGCAUCGCCUACGGAUCGCACAGCCUGGACUUCGCCGACUCCCUCCGCGACGAUGUGGCCGCCGCGCAGGGCGCCAUGAUGGUGUCGGCCCACAACGCCGCCGUCGCCGUCGCAAAGGCCAAGCGCGCUCCGAUGGUAGCUGGGCAGCAGCAGCAGCAGCCGCAGCCGCAGCAGCAGCAGCAGCAGCGGACGCAACGGCGAGGCGCAUCGGCCGACGACGUCGCCUUUCACCGCUGGAGGCCCUCGUCGCACCUAAUGGCGCCCGACGGCUGGAUGAAUGACCCGUGCGGGCCAUCGUACGAUCCUCGGACCGGCCAGUACCACAUGUGGUAUCAGUGGAACCCAAAGGGCUCGACGUGGGGCAACAUGUCUUGGGGCCACGCGACGAGCAAGGACCUCGUCCGCUGGCAGUCGAGCCGCAGCGCCGUCAUACAGCCGGGCACGCAGUACGACCACAAGGGCGUCUUUACCGGCUGCGUCCUCAUGCGAGGGCCCUUGGCAGAAGAGGAUGGGACGGACGAGGCCGUUGGGGCGCACCAAGAGGCGACGAAAGCGGCGACAUCAGCGGCAGCAGAAGCAGCAGCAGAGGUGCGCCAGCGCGCCCAACCCAUGACGGCCAUCUACACUGCAGUCUCGCACCUGCCCAUCCACCACACGCUGCCCUACCAUCGCGGAGCAGAGAAGCUGGCCCUCUCCACCUCGACCGACGGCGGGCAGACGUGGACGCCCCAGGGCUGCAUCCUCGACGGCCCGCCUGCCGAGGUCGACAUCAUCUCGUGGCGGGAUCCGUACGUGUCUGCCUGGCCGCUGCUCGACGCUGUGCUUGGCAUGAGCAGUCCGGGGCUCUACGGCCUCAUUGCCGGAGGCCUCAAGGACAAGACGCCCACGGUGUUCGCCUACUCCAUCGACCCCUCGGACCUCUCGUCGUGGCAAUACAUCGGCCACCUCUGCGACGUCGGGAGGAACUCAAAGUCAACGCCGCACGGCGUCGACCUCGGCAAGAACUGGGAGGUGUGCAACUUCUUCUCGGUCGGGCCAGAGGGCGACGCAGCGCAGCACCACGACUACCUGCUCAUCAACGUCGAGGGGUGCACCGAGCCGGGCCCGCAGCGCGCCGCCAUCUACAUGAAGUACGAGGCGCACCGCCGCACGCUGCAGGGAUCGCGGGCCGGCAUCUCUCUCGAGCCGGUCCGCACGGGCCUGCUGGAUCACGGCUGCCUGUACGCCGCCAGCUCGUUCCAGGAUCCGGUCAAGGACCGCAGGAUCAUGUGGGGCUGGAUCACCGAAGACGACCUGCCCGAGGACCAGUACGAGCGCCAGGGCUGGUCCGGCUGCCUCUCGCUGCCGCGCGAGCUCUUCUGGCAUCCCGAUUCCGAGGAGCUGGGCAUCCGACCGGUCGAAGAGGUGCUUGGCCUGCGCACGGGGGCGCGCCACGUCAACGUUGCCUCGCUCCAACCAGCCGCUGCAUCCAGGGACAGCGCGAUCCAGAUCCACGCCGCUGGCAUCGAAGCGCCGCGGCGACACCUGCCGGACGUCUCUGCUCGAUCCCUCGAGGUCGUCGCCAGCCUUUCGACACCGGCGGCAGGCCGCGUCUCUGGAUUCGCCCUGGCCCACAGCGCCGACAUGAGCACGCGCACGCUCGUCUACCUCACGGCCGACGACCGCAUCGUCGUCGACCGCAGCCGCAGCGCGGGCAGGACGAGCGUCUUGGAGCGGGGCAUCGAGGUCAAGACGGACGACAUCGACGUGGCCCUCGCCCGACGCCGCGACGGCAGCCGCACGACGACGCACCGUGUGCGCCUCUUCCUCGACAACUCGGUGCUCGAGGUGUUUGUCGACGACGCCAUCGCCAUCAGCACGCGCAUCUACCCGGACGAGGCCGAUGUCGGCGUGUCGCUGCUGGGCUGCCACGAGGAAGGCGACGCCAUCGACAUUUGGCAAGGCCUGGCCCAGGCCCAUGCCGGCUUCCUGGGCUGA